AGAAAACAGCAUCUGGCCUCACGAGAUAGUAGGUUUCAUACCAUAUCUUAGCGCUGAAGAUACCAUGAUAAGGCUGCAACACGAUAUUAUAGACAAGCCAAAGACCAAAGAUACGACAGCAAUAUUGGGCAUAGACUUAACCAAAACGUUUGCUAUUGUCAGCCAGUCGGCCAUCCUCGACGGCCUGUCAGAUGUUAACGUAGGGAAGAGAACCUUCCACUACGUAAAAUCUUUUCUCAAGGACAGAACAGCGACCCUGCACAUGCAGAGCCUCAGCUCAGAAGAGAUUAAAUUGGGCAACAGGGGCACUCCGCAAGGAGCCAUCCUAUCACCCUUCCUAUUUGACUUAGUUAUGAAAGACCUCUCGCUCAAGUUAGGAAGGAUCGAAGGACUAAAGACGAGCGUCUAUGCAGACGACGUCAACGUUUGGCUCAAAGAGGGCAGCGAUGCGUCUAUCGAAGGCUCCAGCGGGCAGCCGACAUCACAGACCUCCAUGCCAAAGCUAAAUGGCUGAGCUGCUCCAGACGAAGUCGCAACUACUAAUCAUCAGACCCCGGACGAGGACAGACAACGCAUCUCCUGCCAAAAUCUCGAUAGACUUGCCCCCGAAUGCAGAGAUCUAACUUGGCUCGAACUUGACUUCUGGCAGUCUCAAGACAGCUUCGCCGCGCGUCUUAAAUCGUUCUCGAUCUUGCGGACGACUUGCGAACGACUUGGCUGGGUCGAAGUCCGCCCGCGUUUCAAGUCUGCUCCCGGGCUAGCUUGAAACUGACUUCGUGCGGUAUUCCAACAUGGCAGCCUCCCGAACGGAUGUCGCGCGCAGGUUAGCUGCUUUCGAGUUUGCUUGCCACGCCAUGGAUACAGCAUUUUCAGAGGCGCAUUCCUUGCCAAGAAUUCCGCGACCCGCCCUACGUGACCGAGGGAAUCCGAUGGAGCUGUACGACGACCAACAAUUCCUCGGUCGCUACAGAUUCACGAAGAACGCCGUGCGACAGCUUCUCGCUAUGGUGCCUAUCCGGGAAAGCGGAGACAACAGAGGACAGCCUGUGCCUCCCAUGCUGCAGUUGCUGAUGGCUCUGAGGUUUUACGGUGCUGGCACGUUUCAAACAGUCACCGGGGAUCUGGCCCGCAUUCCUCAGUCAACAGUGUGCCGCGCAGUUGGAAAGAUGACUUUGCUCAUCGCGAAGCACCUGCGCCCGAUGCUGGUGCGCUUCCCGCAGUCGGCCAGACUUCCCAAAGUGAUGCGGGAAUUUUAUGAAGUGGCUGAAUAUCCUGGCGUAACCGGAUGCGUUGAUUGCACACACGUGCGCAUUAAAAGCCCCGGCGGUGACGACGCGGAGGUCUUCCGUAACCGCAAGGGCUUUUUCUCCAUCAUCGUGCAGGUAAGCAAUGAAAAUUGAAACACUCUGAACAGUUUAGCUCGCCUGUAUUUCGUGUACUGCAUGUGUUGUGCUUUUUUUUUCUUUUUUAUUAUUCUUGCGGGACGUACAUUCAUAGCUCGCUUGUAUCGAGCGCUGGCGGAGUAUAUUAAUGCAGCUAAUAUGUAGGGGCUCGGAGCUUGUACCUUCGUCGCAUGUUUUGCUGCGCUCGAGGUCCGUCAUUUUAUUUUAAACCCAGUGAUUGUAUUAGAAUGUACCUUCGUUUCCUAUAAUGUGCAUGACUAUAACAUAGUAACACUUUAUUUUCUUUCAUUUUUUUCGUUUUCUGCUUGCCCAUUAAUGCGGGUUUCGCGGGGGUUCUUAAAGAAGGACUACUGUCUGCGGUUUGUGAUCGAAAGACUUUAUCGACAGUGAUUGUGUGCAACAACAUGCAACCGUACUACACGGGUAGUUUAUCCCGAACUCACGAAGUAAAUGCGCCUUAAUUCUGCUGAAUGAUAUGUUGCUGCUUUGACGCAGGCUGUCGCCGGACCACACUUGCAAUUUUGUGACAUCGUUGCCGGCUGGCCAGGCUCGGUGCACGAUAGCCGAAUUUUUGACAACUCCCGCUUGCGGGUGCUCUACGAGGAGAGCAGGGUGCCUGGAAUGUUGCUGGGAGAUGCGGGGUAUGCAUGUCAGCCAUUCUUGCUGACACCGCUCUCAGAUCCUGGCCCAGCACACACACCACAAGGAAGGUAAGUUAACAUGUCGGUGACGUUGCAUGAUGGAAACAUGGACCACGUUGUUGAGGUGUGGCAUCGAAUCGUAAUGCUUGUGGGAUAACGUGCAAUAAACCUUUAUACAAACAGGAACCAGAAAGCCUACAUAAGGACACGCAACAUUGUUGAAAGGGCGUUUGGCGUCCGGAAGCGCCGCUUUCCUUGCCUGGAUAUGGGGCUGCAGCAUAAGGAGGUAAAGAUCGUCCUCAUUACAACAGCCUGUGCAGCACUGCACAACUUGGGUUGUCUGCUGAAGGAGCCGUAGCCUCCUGUUCACAGAGUUCCCCCAAGCCCCUCCAGCACGACAACGGCAAAUCCAACACUGCACUUGCCACCAGUUGAUCGCCUCACUGACAGCUUUUCAGGAAUGCAAGCACGGCAGCUACUUAUCCAGAAGAGCUUCACUUAGCGUGGCGGCGUGGUUCUCCUGAAGCAGCCGCACACGGACAGCAUGCUCCUCCCUCGGGAGCUCUGAACGGACGUCGUUUUCAGC